CGCAUGUGUGUGUGUGCGCAUGUGUGUGUGUGUGUGUGUGUGUGUGUGUGUGUGUGUGUGUGUCCAGUAGAUUGACAGAAAGGAGAUGGAAGCGGCGCCGCGCUUGUUGAUAACUGCAGCAUGUUCUCACAUCGAAGGGUCGGGGCCCUCAUUACACAUUGGCUCGCCGUCGGGAGCACAGCUGUUGGGUUUUGGCUGGUGCUGCCUGUCCGGGCUGCACAAAACCAGCUGUGCAAACAAACGCAGACAGACAGACAGACAGACAGACAGACAGACACCGUAAUGGCAGCAGGGGGAACGGAGCGGUAGUUUCAGGUAGACUUAAAAGCAAACAUGCACCACGGCACGCACUCAGAAGUAAACACACGCUGACAUGCGCCCAGGGGGGAGACGUGCGUGAGGCAUGAGGAAGUUGGGACCAUGGCAGUGGUAUGAGUCGUGUGGGUGGAGGGGGAUUAUUAUGGUGCAGAUAAUCACAAUCGUGGGAUAUUACCGCGACUCUCCUUGGGGGGGGAGCACAUUUUACAGCUUCCUAACACCCCAGAUUGAGCUAAGAAAGAAGGAGAGUGGGGGCAGUAAAAAUAGUUUGACACCCUCGAGGUCCAGCCGGCAAUCUCCUCUCCGCCCUUGCCCAUAAAACCCUUUGAAUUCCCUCCUCAAAUCCCCCCCCCCCCCCAUCUCCGCUGGACUCUCGGUUCCAGCUUUGCACCGAGUCAAGUUGCUGUGUUUACCGCUCGUGGUAUCCCUCUAUCAUUUGUACUUCUAUUUCCGCAAAAGCCUUUGAAUGGUGCUCUAAUCAGGACCCGACAUCGGUUGGCCUGGACUUGACGCAACAACACUUAGAAGCCUGAGCCACACAAACAAGACUGGCCUCUCACUCGAGACGCAAUCUCCUUCUCUCUGGCUUCGCUUCCCGGCCAAAGUACUUCUCCGUGUUCUCAGCAGCGUGGCGGCGUAUCGAUGCCGGAUCGAGAUCAGCCUGCUGGACUGGUGCGUUAACGUGGGGCCGAACCAGACACAGUCGUGAAGAUGCAAUAGAGACUAGUGACCACUCUCACUUCCCCUACAUUCACGGCACCAAUUGUCAAGCGUGUAAGAGCACUUGCGCUCAUAUUAUGUGUGUGUUUGUGUGUGUGUGUGUGCUUGUUUGGACACCACCUGUCAUUAAACCAGCACUUUAUUCUUCUGUUGAUAUGAUGUAAUACAUCCAGUUCCCCUGCUGUCUACCCCAAGGAGCACUGUGUUCCCUCCUGUCACAACAUAAAUACCACAUUUAUUUAAUUCUGCCUUUUUUAAGGAUGAAAAAGUCCCUUUUUUCAUUUAAUGACAAAUUAAGAAAGCUGUGGGAAAAGGACUUUUUUCAGGUCUGAUCUUGUAUUCUUCCCUCCCCCAUCUGUAAUAAGCAAUGAUCAACAAGCUGUUAUCUCUUCGCUUGUUCUCCGCUAUCACAGUGUAUUGCCCGGGGAUGAAUGCUCUCCCCUCGGAGAAGAAAACAGAGCCUGGAGAAAUUAGCAUUUUCUGACAGCCAUUGCUCAUAGAGCUAAUCCUGUCAAGGAAUGUGUGGCUACGCUAUCAGUGCAGGCGAGGGGUCGCCGUGGCCCAUGCCUGCACACCAGGCUCUUAUCAGGCAGGGUAAACACACCAGGGUCUGCAUUAAAUAAGUGUCACAGUCAGUGGGGGCGGAGCGGGCCGAGCCCCCCUGCCAGGCUCCAUGCAGAUAAUCCCUCUCAGAAACCCUGUUGGUCAGACCCAGCUGUGGCCUGUGGCUCAGGUGUAGGGAAAGUGGGGGAGGAGAGGUAUUGUUCAGGCAGCGGUGUAGGUUACAACACAAGCCACACCAAUUCCACAUCAAUGCAGAUACAUUUGAAAAAGGCUCUUUGUGUAGCAGAUAUUUUCUGUCCAAACACGCAUUUUUCAGGUCAAUUCACAAACGUUAAGAUACCAAAACCAGUAGAAAAAUGCUUAAGAUUGCACGUCCGUGAAACGAUGGGGCGGGACAGGUGAAUCCGCCGACAUAGACAAGUUGUCAGAAUCUGCGUCCACAGAAAGCGUCCUUCCGGGACGUCCCAAUCAUUUAUCAAACAUGCCUGAUAUUUUUAUACGUGGUCUUUCUUUUAUUUUUAUUUGCACUGAGCCAAAUAUUCUCUCUUGCCAGUGUGAAGGUGAAAUAACAGUCAUAUCAUGUGAGAUGUCCUCACAUUUAGCUCUAGUGGGUGCUUGGCCCUAAUCUCCACCAUCGAACACGCACAGGCAACUUGAGCCGACGGCUGAACUCCAGAUCACAUGACAAUCACAGGUCGGUGCUUUUGAAAAGCUCAGUUUACCUGUCAACACCACGACAUGAGACCGGCGAUGUGUUUGUGAAAGGUCUGGAUGUUUAUUUUUUUUUUUUGUGGCAGCAUAAUUGCCGCUAUAUUCUUUCAGGAUUGCUAUCUGACUCCGAAGAGGAAAUAUUCAUGCCUCUAGAGUUCUGCUAUGAAAGCUUUGGUAUGGACCCAACAAGCCUGGCGGACGACAGGGCCGCAUAACAAGUUGCAACAAUGUUGCAGAGUAUAGGUGGAGUAACAUUUCACUAGGGAGGUGAUGCAAAACCAGCUUCCUGGACUUUAAUCCACUGAGAAAAAGUUAAGUGUCAGCUACCGUGACUGGGUGCCACUUUUGUUACUUUGUUUGUGCCGGGGGGGGGACAGAGGCGCCUCUCCGGGCAGCACUCGAGGAAGAGUGCGGUGGUGUCACUAAGCGUACAAGGUGGGAAACCUUGAAUAAUGUGGGAUGAGAGUGAGCCAGAAAGGCGAAUCCGAGUCAGCCAGUGGGUCACCAGGAGGUGAGGCUGCCUACUUCCCCUGGGUUCAGGAAAAGUUCAGCCGCAUAGUAUUAGGCAAAUUAGGGAGACAGGGCUGGGGGAGAAAAAAAAAAAAAAUGUGAGGGUAGGGACUGAUGAGAGCAUGGGGGAGAGGGUCAAAUUAGUUGGAAGGAGGAGCCCGAAUAAAGAGUGAGAGCAUAGAGGGGAACUUCCAGGAAAGAAAGAAAAAAGAGCCUGGCGGAUACAGUCUGGUGGUAAAGAUAUGACAGACUCAUUACUGAGCUUAUAUAAAUUAAUCAUGGCCUCAAAUACAUUCUCAUUUAAAGCCCCAGCACCUACAAUUGGAGGGACGGCGGUGGACUCCUCUGGCGCACAGUCCCAUGCCGGGCCCGGGUAGAGAGAGAGAGAGAGAGAGAGAGAGGAGGGGGGGAGAUCUAUGGUGACGUUCCUGAAGGGGUUAAACGUAGGAGGAGCAACGCAUGAAAAGGGACUGAGGGGAGGAAGGGGGAGGGAAAAAAAGAGAAAAGAAGCCUGGUGGAGGUGGAGCCAAAGCUGCUCAGCUGCUGUGCCUUGUCACAUUUUUUUGCAGAACAUGAUCGCCGCACGAUCCGGUGUGGGAAUGAUUUAGGCGCCUCUCUCCGAAUGCAAACAAGGCGGUGCUGCUGCGCGUUUCAAUGGGACCCCGGAUACCGGAGAGCGGGGUCUGACCGAAGGGGGUGGGGGGGGGGGAAGCCGUCGGGUUGUUGUUGUAGCGCACGGAGGGAGACCGGUUCGUUUACGGGGCUGACAGGAGUCCACACCACGGCGGGCGCAAACGGGACGACCGAGCGCAAACCCGAAAGGACCACAACUGCAACCGGACGGAAUUUCCUCUCUGUGAUAUUUGCGCUUCCGUCCCGCUGGUGAUUCCCCGUGUUGCCUGCACGGACUUGGGGGAUCUGUGUUCUCCUCUUCUCUGGGAUUGUGACUCUCUUCUCUCUCUCCAUGGUGUGGAUACAGCCUCCAAUGUUGCUCUCUAUCUGAGCAAGGCCGAGAGGACCGAUAUAUAUUCUGCUGAAGUUCUUCGGGUCGUCCGUCGCUAUAUUAUUGAGUGCAUCUUCCCGACCGCGUUUAUUAUUAUUAUUUUUUAAUCGGACACCAUGCAGACUGUUUUAAAUGAUGUUUUCAUACUGAGCGCAGCCGACUAGGCUCUUUCAGACACUGAUCCACUCCACGCUUUGGGUUUUUGCGCCGUAAAGAAAGAUGCCAAAUGUUCAAAUGUUCCCGCUGUGCUUGGAUUUACCACCUUUCCUUCUAUUUUAAUGCAGUUUCCCCCCCACUCCCUCCUCAGUUUCUACCUCUGCUGGUGGCGAGCUUCAAAAUCCACAAGGCUCGUGUUUUUUUUUUUUUGUUUUGCUGCGUGCGCUGACAAAUAGUUAGUUUUUUGUUUUGUUUUUGACAAUAACCCCCUGCUGUCGUCCCGCUCCGUAUGAUGUAUGAGAGCGUGGACGUGGUGGGACUGAAUCCCAGCCCGAACCCGUUUCUAAUGAUGGAUUACUACAACCAGAGCAGAGGAUGCUUGAUCCCGGAGAAAGGACUGGUGCCCGGAGCGCCACAUCCCUACAGCACGUCCAUCAGGAACCAGCACUGGAACGGCUCCAAUCACUCGAUAGAGACCCAGAGUACCAGCUCGGAGGAGAUAGUGCCAAGCCCGCCAUCACCUCCCCCGCCGCCCCGCGUCUACAAGCCCUGCUUCGUGUGCCAGGACAAGUCCUCAGGGUACCACUAUGGUGUCAGCGCCUGCGAGGGCUGCAAGGGCUUCUUUCGGAGAAGCAUCCAGAAGAACAUGGUGUACACUUGUCACCGAGAGAAGAACUGCAUCAUCAACAAAGUCACCCGCAACCGCUGCCAGUACUGUCGGCUGCAGAAGUGCCUGGAAGUCGGGAUGUCCAAGGAGUUUUCUGGUUCAGCUGCACAAUCCUCGAAAACUGCUAUUUAUGUUGCAGUAAGGAAUGACCGGAAUAAGAAGAAAAAGGAUGAGAAGAAACAGGAGUGCACAGAGAGCUACGUGCUUAGUCCCGAAACAGAGCGGAUGAUCGACCGGGUUCGCAAGGCCCACAAAGAAACGUUCCCGUCUCUCUGCCAGCUGGGCAAAUACACUACGACUAAUAGCUCGGAACGACGUGUAUCUUUGGACGUAGACCUCUGGGACAAGUUCAGCGAACUCUCCACCAAGUGCAUCAUCAAGACGGUGGAGUUUGCUAAGCAGCUGCCCGGAUUCACAACGCUCACCAUCGCUGACCAGAUCACUCUGCUCAAAUCCGCCUGUCUGGACAUCCUGAUACUCCGGAUCUGUACACGCUACACACCGGAGCAAGACACCAUGACUUUCUCAGAUGGACUCACGCUAAACCGAACCCAGAUGCACAACGCCGGCUUCGGUCCCCUUACCGACCUGGUUUUCGCCUUUGCCAACCAACUCCUCCCUCUGGAGAUGGACGAUGCGGAGACGGGGCUGCUCAGCGCCAUCUGUUUGCUGUGUGGAGAUCGUCAGGACUUGGAACAGGCAGAGAAGGUGGAUGUCCUGCAGGAGCCCCUCCUGGAGGCGCUGAAGAUUUACGUGAGGAGGAGGAGGCCCCACAAACCGCACAUGUUCCCCAAGAUGCUGAUGAAGAUCACCGAUCUGAGAAGCAUCAGCGCUAAAGGAGCUGAGCGUGUCAUCACCCUGAAGAUGGAGAUCCCUGGCUCCAUGCCCCCUCUCAUCCAGGAGAUGCUGGAGAACUCGGAGGGCCUGGAAAGCGGUGCCGCAGGCGGCCGGCCCAGUGGUGCCCCCCCGGGCAGCUGCAGCCCCAGUCUGUCCCCUAGCUCUGCCCAAAGCAGUCCGGCCACACAAUCGCCGUAGUAGCGGCCCACCUUUUUAUUAUUCCUCACGAUGCCCUCUGUGUCCUCCCUCGGCGUUCUAAAGAGGAGGGGGCCAAGGAGUGGGGGGGGGGGGGGGCCUUGCCCCUAACUGCUGAACUCAGGAGACUAGCAGACCCAACCUCCUCCUCUCUCACGACACAAGUCCCCACCUCCUGAUCUGCUUCCCCUCACUGUGGAGCACCUUCCUGGUGUGAGGGGAGGGGAGGCCGGGGCAGGUCGGGGCAAUAGUAUGCCUCUGAGCGACCACACCGUAAACACUGCUGAUGACUCCUCCCGCGUCUCCCUCCACUCUGCCCCUCCACUGCUGCGCCUCCUUUCGCCACCUUUUCCCCAAAAAAGACUAAUGGAAACAAAUCUGGGAUGCAGUGGUGACCAGUUUCGAUUGGAACUGAGAGUGGGCGGGGCAUCGUGGGACAAAUAUAUGAUCAAGGACAAUGCAUACAGACUGACUUGACAAACACCAGACACUUUUCUUUUGUUGUACUCUGAGGCAGACUGCAAGCUUGGGACUUGUCAAAAGACCCCCCCCCCCCUCCUCAAAGACUCUGGGUCUUUUCUCUUUUUCCAACUUCAAAAAAAACAGAUUUCGUACAAAAGAUAUAUAAAUAUAUAUAGAAAGUUAAGGAACUAUUGUGAUUGCCAUGUCCAGAACAGAAUGGCAGGUUGAAAUGAGGACAUGUUUUCUGAGAUUAGAAAUUGUUGUAUUCCUCCACCGUUUGAAUCUUGUCAUACCCAUCGAGAGUAUUGAGAGAGACCUUUCAGUUUGAUCACAUUUGUACAUUAUUCCAAUUAACGAAAAGUAAAAGAUGUUGACAUUUCUCUCCAGUCUACACACGCAAACAAACAAACAAGACACACACACACACGUGCACAGAAAACAAGUCGCAAUGAAUAUCACCCACUAUUCCAGGUUGGAUUUGUUUUCCUUUUUUUUCCUGUUUUUGUUUUUUUUUUGCUUCCAAGAUGAUGGAAUAAAAUGAUUGUAUGAACUUGGUUGUAUGAUAUGGUCACAGGUCCUUUCAAGAAAUCAAAUUAAUGAAGAUUCAUUAUUAAGGUGUAUUUUAAGUAGCCUUUGAGUUUGUGUAUAUAAGCUUUAUUCAUUUCUGUAAAACUAUGAAGAGUUUUUUAGGCUUCACCUGAUUAUUAUUAUUUUAAUUUUUUAAAGAAUACCAUCUAUGUGUUUUGUUUCUAGGUUUGUGAUGCAAGAAAAGACAUUUUGAGCACAUUUUACUGAAGGAAGUUCUUUCAUGUGUUGUGUCCUACUAAAUACUGGACAGACCCUUAACCAAUCACUGGCUGUUCAGAAUGUGGCUUUCACAGACAAUUUCAACCCCCCCUUCCCCCCCUUCACUUUUAAAACGUGUUUUUACAUACAGUAGAAUGACUAAGUAGCACUCCAGUCGGGGCAUAGCUUUUUUUGGGGCCAUGUUGGCAGAAAGAGAUGGUGUUUCUGAAAAAUGGUGAGCCAGACGGCACUUGUAGCCUGCCAGGUUCAAGUGAGCCGCAGCAGCUCCGCCUCAAAGAGAAUUAAAAUGUGAAGAAAGGUGUACAUACACACUGUAUUAAACACACGGGAUUCUCAGAAGUCUCUGAAUGGAUCAAUAAUCUGUCGUGGAUGGGAAAAGGCUAGAUUGUAGUGAUGCCUCUGCUCUUGUCAGUCGUCAAGGCAAGUGAAGGUCCCAAAUGUGAUGUCUGUCAGCUAAGUCCUCACAACCCCCCCCCCCCCCGGUAACCUGUGGUAGAAACGAAUAUGUGACUUUUUUCCAGAGCAACCUCGCACCCUGUGACUCACUUUACGCCAAAACGCCUUCACCGUUAACACACACACACACACGUUUCAUCUAGACCAUCGUUACUGUACACACGCCAAUGUCUCAGGAAGGAAUCAUUUUGUGUGCUUGGCCUGUUCUAUGUCCUGUGCUGCACCCCCCCUAACCCUCCACAGAUGCGAGCGCGCGCACACACACACACACACACACACACACACUUCUGCUACUGAGCCCCUGAAUUUUUCUUCAGUCACUCGUUUUUUUUGUUUGUCCUGGCAGACCAGGACUUGUGCAGAGAGACACUUACCCUAACCCUGCAACGUUACGACAUAGGAUGCCAGUGUGGAGUCUCUCCGAGUCGUUUCAUGUGUUCUUUUUAUUUGUACGGUCAAAGCUGCUUUCAUCAUUAAGGACUGUCCACAACAGCGCACAACUUUUCCCUCCACAGCUAAUCUGGAAUAGCAACGGACACACCGUCAGUUUGAGAAUUAUGGAGUAUGUUGCAAUUUUGUCAAGAUUAUCAAGCAACUUUGAAAAAAAAGAAAAGAAAACAACAAAAAAAAAGAUACAAAAAUAAAAACAUUUAAUAUUAAAUGAGUUUGUGUUGGCGUGUGUCAUUCUUUUCAUUCACAUGCUACAGGCUAAGUAUGUUUUCAUGCAUCA